CCAAUGGGAUAGUUUAAGUGGCAAAUGAGCUCUCCUUGUGGGGAGUGUCUCUCGGAGCGAACGUGGAAGGACCCGGAUUGUUAAACGUACGGAAAAAGACCCCGUGAAUUUACCAAAAAAAAAAUGGUAUUAGUUCGGUUAUUUUUUUUUUAUCAAAUCAUUAGAUUUUUUAUGGAAUCAUUUAGUAUACAAGAAUUUAUUACUUUCAGUUGUUUGAUAUUGAAUCAAAUUACUCACCCUAGUAUUUGAUAUAUUGUCAAAGACUUUGUGGUCAAUGGACAUACGUGAUCCUAGUAAAAUCUUCAUAUAUAUGUACCUAGCUCUCCCUUCUUUUUCACUUCUCCAUCUCAAAUAUCAAUUUCAGAGAAAAAGCUUAGCUACAACGUUUAACCCAAUCCUCUUGUUUAUGGCCACCACGGAAGUCAAAGCUGAGUCUUCCAAUUCACAACCAUCAUUCCUUAACCAUUCUCAUUCACGGUGGGCUUAUGAUGUAUUCUUAAGCUUUAGGGGAGAUACACGAAGAACUUUCACGGAUCAUCUUUAUCAUUCAUUAGAUAAAGCUGGAGUCAACACAUUUAGAGACGAGGAAGAAGUAAGAAAAGGCGAAACCCUUUCAUCCGAAUUUCGGAGAGCAAUCCGGAGUUCAAGAAUUUCAAUUAUUGUAUUCUCAAAAGGAUAUGCUUCAUCAAGGUGGUGCCUCGAUGAAUUGGUUGAAAUACUUGAGUGCAAAGAUAUAAGAGAACAAAUUGUUCUUCCUAUUUUUUAUGAUGUUGACCCUUCUGAAAUGCGCAAGCAAAUCGGUGAGUUCGGGGAAGCUUUAGCAAGACAUGAAGAACGUUACAGGGAAGAAAAGGUAAAGAUUUGGAGAGAGGCUUUUACAAGAGUUGGAGAAUUAUCAGGAUGGGAUUUGCAGCAAGUCGCUAACGGGUAUGAAACAAAAUUUAUUGAUGCAAUUAUCAGAGAGGUAUUGUCAAUUGUAGAGCGAGUGCCGAUGUUUGUUGCCAAGUAUCCAGUAGGAUUGGUCUCCCGCAUUAAACACAUUGUUCGAUUAAUGUGUAAUGAUAUUGGAGAUGAUGUUCAGUUGAUAGGAAUCUACGGUAUGGGAGGUAUUGGGAAAACAACACUGGUCAAAGCAGUUUAUAAUAAGGUUUUUGAAUACUUUGACAGUAGUUGUUUUCUUGAAAUAAGAUCAAGUGUUUUGGGUCAACAUAAUAACAAGAUAAUUGCAUUACAACAAGAACUUCUUAGGCAGCUGCUAUCAAAGGAGAUCAAAGUUAGCAAUGUUGAUCAAGGAAUCAUGUUGAUCAAAAAGAUGCUUCAUGCAAGAAAAUCCCUCAUUGUACUUGAUGAUUUGGAAGAUCUGGAUGAACUAGAUGCUUUAGUUGGAGAAAGAAAUUGGUUUGGUGCAGGGAGUAAAGUUAUUUUGACAACCAGAGACAAGCACAUACUAAAAGAUUUGAAAGGAGAGGAGUGCUAUAUGGUUAAAGAAUUGAAUGAAGAGGAUUCUUUGCAACUCUUUAGUCUACACACUUUUAAAUUAUCAGAACCCCCAAAAGAUUACACAAAGCUUUCAAAGGAUAUAGUAAGAUACUGUGAAGGGCUUCCCUUAGCUCUUCAAGUGUUGGGGGCUCAUUUGUCUGACAAACAAAAAGAAGAUUGGAGAAGUGCCCUUGAGAGGUUGAAGAAAAUUCCUUCUAAUAAGGUUCAUGAAAAGCUUAAAAUCAGCUUUGAUGGACUUCCUAGCCAAUUUACUAAGGAUGUUUUCCUUGAUAUGGCUUGUUGUUUCCCUGGAGAAAUUCACAAAAACAUUGCUAUUAGCUUACUUGAGGUCCCUGGGUACUUCCCAGACUUGGAAAUUCAAGAUUUGAUUCACAAGUCAUUGAUAUCCAUAGAUAAAUUUGAUAAUCUAAGGAUGCACAGCUUAAUUCGUGAAAUGGGAAGGCAAAUUGUUCAUUCAGAAUCACCAAACAAUCCAGGUGAGCAAAGUAGAUUAUGCUGUCCUAAUGACAUUCGUGAAGUUCUUCUAAACCACACGGGUACGGCAAAAGUUGAAGGAAUAGUGCUAGAUGAGUACUCAAUUCAAAAUAUGAGUGUUGACACGAAAGUAUUUAAAAAUAUGAUGAAUCUAAGAAUGCUCCGAAUAAAUAAUUUACAGUUGCAUGGAAGUUUUAAAUAUUUAUCCAGGAAGUUGAGAUGGUUGCAAUUGAACUAUUAUCGUUCAAAAUAUAUACCAUCUGAUUUUCGUUCUGAAAAUCUUGUUAUUCUUAGCAUAGAGAAUAGCAGCAUUGAAGAAUUUCGAGCUCCUUUGAAGUACUUUCCAUCUAUGAAGUGUCUGAGUUUUAGUGGUUCCAAACAUCUUACAAGAACUCCUAACUUCAUUGGUGCACAACUUCUGGAGUGGUUAUCAUUUUAUGGAUGCUCGAGAUUGGUAGAUGUGCAUUCUUCAAUUGGAGACUUGGGGAAACUAAAUGUGGUACUUUUUGAUUUAUGUGGCAAAUUGAAGAAGCUUCCAAAGAGUUUGUUCGGGUUGAAAUCAUUGAACACAUUAAGUGUAGAUUCUUGCCCAAAAUUAAGGUUGCCUGAAGAACUGGGAGGAUUAACAUCUCUAAACACGUUAUAUGCAAGUGACUUCUCAGAUAUCACGAGUUCUAGUACUUUAUAUCUCCCUACUUCUUUGACAAGUUUAUGCUCCUUGAGCAUAUUAGAAAUUGGAGGUCGCAAUCGAGUAGAGUCACAUAUUGCUAUUGGUUUGGAGAGUUUAUCCUCACUAAAAUUCCUUGAACUAAGCGGGAGCGACUUUCAUUGUUUGCCAUUCAACCUUUGCCAGUUCUCUAGACUAGAAUGUAUCCAAUUGGAUUUCUGCAAUAACAUUGAAAUGCUGCCACCACUUCCUACUAGUCUUAAGAUUCUUCGUGCACGUCUCUGUGGGUCAUUAGCAAAACUACCAAACUUGUCAAAUUUGAAAUGGUUAAAGGAGCUGGAUCUUUUUGGUUGCAAAAAGCUGGUAGAGGUUGAUGGUUUGGACAAUCUUGAUUCUAUAGAAGAGAUCAGUUUAAUGAACUGUAAUCAUGUCAAAAAUCCUUUUACAGAAAGCUUCUUUAAGCGGCAAACUGAACUUCUUGAGAACUUGAAACUCAAAGUAGCCUUUUCUGAGAAUGAGAUUCCAAGUUGGUUUAGCUUUCAGGAGGUGGGAUCUUCCAUAUCUUUUCAAUUGCCAUUAUACAAGAGGCAUGAUAGUAAACUGGAAAUUCUAGUGUUGAUCCUUUGGCUAGUGUGGGAACCAACUUCCAAGUAUCGACACUAUUUUAACAGUGAUUUUACUGAUUUACUUCAGUGCCAGUGUCACAAUAAUAAUGGAAGUUGCAUGCGAAAACCCAAUGGAGCAACUUCUUCAACAUGCUAUCUUACAUUGGAUCGCCUUGCAUCGCUAGGAAUGGUUGACAAGAGAGAAAUAGAAGGCGCAAAAAAUUUGAAAAUUGAUUUGAUUGAUGUUGAUGAUGCCAUUUCAGUGAAGAAAGUAGGAGUGCAUGCAUUAUAUGUCACUAAUGCAGAUUUUGAGGGUGAUGAUUUACUAAUUAAAACUUCUGAAAAGUAUGCAUAUCUUCAUAUUAAAAGACAUGGCAUUGGCAAUGCGGGAAGAGUCUUCAGAGAAUCCUUAGUCCGCUAUAGGAGCUAUUUUAGUUAGAUUAUGUCAUGGUCCCUUUGAGGUUAUUUAUCUUCUAUUAUUUGGAGCAUUGUUUUUAAUCUCUAUAUAAAGAAAGAGUAAUAGAGAUUUGCUAAAUUCUUAUAUUGUUCUUUUUUAUGCU